CACAUACACCUGUCUCUUCUUCUUCUGCAUGUUAUAUGUCACCUCUCUCUCUCUCUCUCUCUCCUAUUGUUUAAGUUUCUUGAAAGACUUUAAAAGCCCUAAACUGAGACCUUAAGUGGAAGCAGAGCUUGUGUGUCUUGGUGCCUUUAAAAGCCAAACAUGUGGGUCUCUUAGGAGUGUAUCACAUAGCAAAACACUCAAGUUUUAGCAAAACAAUGGCCUUAGAAGCUGCUGUAUUCUCACAAGAACUCUUUGCAUAUACAUGCAAAGAAUUGCUCACCAUUGGUGGAACAUGGAAUGAGUUUGGAGUCAUUGAAGAGGAGAAUAUGAUAAACAAUGAAGUUGGAGAGAGCCAAGAACAAUGGAGUGGAUGGAUGGAUGAGUUAUCCUCCAUUGUAGAAGAACAAAACUCUCCAUCCCCUGAAACUUGCAAGAAGGAAGAGUACUUCUUCAAUGAAACUUCAGCUUCCCGACAACGCCGACGUAGAGCAAGAACCUAUAAGAACAAAGAAGAGCUAGAGAACCAGAGAAUGACUCACAUUGCCGUCGAACGCAAUCGGCGGAAACUCAUGAAUGAGUACCUUGCUGUUCUCCGGUCACUCAUGCCUCCAUCCUAUGUCCAAAGGGGUGAUCAAGCAUCAGUGAUUGGCGGUGCAAUAAACUAUGUCAAAGAACUUGAGCAACUCCUCCAAUCUUUAGAAGCUCAGAAGUACAUGAAUCAAUGUUCAUCAUCCAGCUGCACCAUUACCCCCUUCACUGAUUUCUUCACCUUCCCACAGUACUCUUCAUCAACAUCAUCAUCUUCAUCUUCAUCUCAAGACCUGUUAGAAGAGACCAAAAAGAAGAAGAACAGUUCAUCAGCAAUGGCUGACAUUCAGGUAACAAUGGUGGAAAACCAUGCAAGCCUCAAGGUCCUCUCAAGAUCAAGACCAAAACAGCUCCUCAAAAUGGUCACUGGUCUUCAUAGUCUUCAUCUAACCAUCUUUCAUCUUAACUUGACCACCUUUGAUCAUAUGACAUUCUACUCAUUCAGUCUCAAGGUAGAAGAGGAAUGUCCGGCGACGUCCGCCGACGAGAUCGCCGGAGUUGUGCAUGAAAUGCUGGGGAGGAUUGAAGAAGAGCAGCUUAAUUUUUAGUCCAUAACCU